AUGGAUACGAACGUAUCAACUACAUCAGCCAGCUGGGCAGAGUUUGCAAGCCUAAAGCUAUCCUCAUCGCUUCCUGCGUCCAACUCCAGCUUCUAUUGGCUAGCCUUACUCGUACUAGCUUCAGUCAUCGCAGCACCUCUUCGACACAAGUUCCAAGAUGUCGAGAUCUACCCAGUCAUCAACAAGACUCAGGAGGAAUACCUGAAAGGCGGGAGAGCCCUCCUUGCCAAGGGAGCCAAGAAAUACGGCGGCAAGCCAUUCAGAGUCUUCACCGGUCAGGGUAGCACCCUCACGGUUCUGGCGCCUGAGUUCUGCCACGAUGUGAAGAAUGAUAACCGCUUGAGCUCGACCGAGUUCCUCCUGGCCUACUGGCAGGCCGGGACACCGGGGUUCGAGCCGUACUUUAGCUCGGGAAGCGAGCUCAUCCGUGAGAUGAUCCGAACUCAUCUCACUCAGAGUGAUGUUGGCCGCGCAGCCAAAUUAUCACAACCGCUCGCAGACGAGGCAGCCAACGCUCUGAAAGACGUCUUUACGGAUAACGAAGAAUGGCACGAAAUCAUUCUCGCCCCGACAAUCGCCCAAAUCGUCGCCCGCGUCUCUGCCCUAGUCUUCCUCGGCCCCGAACUCUGCCGGGACCCAACCUGGCUCACUAUCACCAUGAACUACCCCCAAAAAGCCAUGGCCGCCGCCAAAGUCCUCCGCUCCUACCCGGCCCCCGUCCGCCGCUUCGUCCACUGGUUCCUCCCCUGCUGCCGUGAGCUGCGCCAGAUGCUCCGCACCGCGCGGCAGGCUAUCGAGCCAAUCCUGCAGAAGCGGCGCGAGCAGGAGGCCGAGAAGGGUGGGGUCGUGUUUGAUAACGCGUUGGCGUGGAUCGAGAAGCUGGCGAAGAAGCAGCAAGAUCGGACGGCGCAGAAUGCGGCGUUUCAGCAGCUUGGGUUGUCGAUUCUCGCGAAUGCUUCGAGUACAGAUAUGGUGUCGCAGAAUUUGCUGGAUUUGUGUGUGAAUCCGGAGGUGACGGAGGCGUUGAGGGGGGAGAUUGUGAGGGAGACGAGGGGUGGGUGGAAGAGCUCGACGUUGUAUAAUCUGAGGCUUUUGGACAGUGUGCUGAAGGAGACGUUGCGUCUCAAGCCCAUUGCGUCGGUGGCUCUUGGGAGGCGCGUGAUGGAAGAUGGCGUGAAACUGAGUGACGGCACCGUGCUGCCCAAGACGACAGGCGUUGCCGUAUCAUCCGCGAACAUGUGGGAUCCGGAGAUCUAUCCAAACCCAGAAACCUUUGACGGCCGACGCUUCCUCCGGAUGCGCGAGGGCGGCAACAACGAGCACAACGCGCAGCUCGCGAGCGUGUCGCCGGAGCACAUGGGCUUCGGGCUCGGCUCGCACGCGUGCCCAGGUCGGUUCUUUGGCGCGAGCUCUGCGAAGCUGAUCAUGUCGCACAUCUUGCUCGGGUACGAGUUCAAGCUGGCUGAUGAUGUGGACAAGAGUAGUGUUGAGCCUAUGCGUUUUGGGUUUUCUACUCUGGCGAAUCCUAGGGCAAAGGUCCUGAUCAGGCGUCGCAAGGAUGCUGUCUGA